AUGUCGCUAUACACCGGAAUCGCCGGGGGCGUUGGCUGGUUGGAGUCGCGGGACGACGACAGCAGCUUCAACAUGUCGAGGAACGGCAGCUUCCAGGGCGCCAGAAAUCGUACCAGCACGCAACAGAUGUUCAUCAAUGAGUUGAGAUUCUCCGCCGCCAGAUCGAUCAGGACUUCGACUAUCAUCCUGGCCUCCUUCAACAUUAUCGCAGCCUUCGCCACUGCCCUGGGGAUACUGUGUGACUCGUAUUUCAGAAAAAAGAGGAACGACAAGCAAUUUAAGUUCUGGCGAAACGGCUUUGGCUUCGUUCCCGAGACCGAGAUCUACCCGCUCGUUCUCUCUGUCGGCAUCUUCAUUCAAGGCUUCAUCUUCGCGGGUGCCCAGUCUACCGGCCUGGAUUCCCUCUUCGGCUUUGGUUGCACGUGGCUGGCGCAGCUCAUGUUUCCUGCUGUGUUUAUCGCCCCUUACACUCAGCUGGUUUUCGGUGUUGAGAUUGCCAUCAGAGCACUCAAAAAGAAGUCGUUUGCGCCCAGGAGGAAAUACAAUGUCUCGAUAUGCUUGUCGAUCAUCGGCAUGUUGCUUCUCGCCAACUUUCUCAUUUCCAUCUUCGACCGGUCUCCCAACUUCUGCCUGGCUUCCCUCUUCUGGUUUGUCGCCCACUACUCGGUCAUCUGCUUUGGCCUCUUCGUCGCCAUUUCGACCAUCCUGUUGAUAUCCACCGUGAUGGUAUUCAUUCGGCUCCACCGCAGCAUCAAGAUUGAGGUGACUGCCCGGGUUGCCGCAUCUCGAAUGGUCUAUUACCUAGCACUGGCAGUCAUUUCAAAUUCCUUCGUGAUUCCCUUCUUCUUCGUCCAAGGUUUCAUGGACAGCCGGGAACAGAACUCGAACGCUCUCAACUUGAGCUUGAUCGCCUCGGUUGUUGCCAACGUAUCGGGGUUGAUGACAGGGGGGCUCUAUCUGUUCCUCAAGUCGAGUACUCUGACGACUAUCGGUCCAAGGGACAAAGUCGGUGAAUAUGAGAACAGGAGAGCAAGGUAUAAGAUUACACGCGACCAGUCGAACGACGACGAUGAUGACGGCCCUGGCUUUGACAGCCAUAUCAUGAACCCGGUGUCGGGCCCUGAGAGCCUACGCCGUGUCGAUAGCGAAGCAAGUCUAACCAGCGCCGACGAGGAAGAAGCUCUGCAUGGCAAAAGCAUUGAAGCAGGUUUCGCGAAGGACGGCAGGGGGAGCCCCGACUUGUUUCGGUCAAACAAGCUUGUUUCCGCUGUGGCCUCUGUUCUGAUGCCGAAAGCACCAGAGCCUGCGCGCAUCCCUUCAUCCCUUGCGGGCAGUCACACCCGCAAGCGUUCUUAUUCGCUGUUUCCAAGGAGCACCGUUGGCUCGAAGCCUUCGAUGAUGCUUCUACCAGCCACCACAUACUCGCCUGGCGAUGCUCUCAAGCCGCCACCUUCGAUGGCGAACCUCGCAAACAUGCGACACCGGAGAGACUCGUCCCUAGUGUCUUCAGCAACAGUCCAGAUUGGACUCCGACUCUCGUCGGUAGAGGGUAUCCCUCCACCAUCCCAGGACAGGGCUGCGACUAGCGAGAGCGUCGUCCACACCCUUGAUUGUCCCAACGUACCAAAGAAGGGGGACAUGCCAAGUCCCAAACGCGCUGGGGCGUUGGGUGCCGGUCCCGGCACUCCUCCUUUGCCAGUGGGAGUGGCGGACGAGGGCUCACAGCGCGACCCGGUCAAAGAUGCGAAGAUGAAGACGCUUCCGCCAGUUCCGAAGAUCAACAGCCAAGUUCCCAAAGCCGACCCAGCCGCGGGAAAGGUGACUCUGAGCCCCAGUAUCUACAGCCAGAACACCCCGACCAAAGUCAAGCUACCGAGCCCAAAGGGUGUCGGCUUCAGUAUGCCAGCGCCGAAGGCGGCCAGCUCUCCUCCUCGGAACCCGCCGCGUCGCCGCGGCACAGGGGACACCACCGCCCUCCCAACGAACACUAAUGGCGAUUGGAUUUAG